GUACAGAACAGCAGCUCACUUUGACUCCCUUCACUCCAUGUGGCUGGGAGUGGAACCUACACCAUGAAGGCUAUAUUUCUAAUGCUGACACUGAUGAGCAUUUUAAAUGUGGAGUCAGUCCUAAAAAUACCAAUUGAUUGCAGUGGAUAUGAAAAACUGCCACCAGGAAAGACUCCAAUGUGCACUCUUGAGUUAAUACCAAUAUGUGCUUCUGAUGGGCAAACAUAUGGCAAUAAAUGUGCUUUCUGCCAUGCUGUUAAGCAGAGUGAUGACAACAUCAAAUUUGUACAUAUGGGGGAUUGUUAAAUUACAUCAGUUUGGAAAUGUCCCACAGUGCCUUUCACUCCCAUUAUAACAGUACAAAAUACAUCUAAUUCCAGAAGAUUUUCCUUCUUCAGAAUUCAGAAAAUUGGCUCUUCAACCUUGAUUGAUAUUGUUGCUGGCAGAAUAAAGAAAAGUUCACUGAA